AUGUUGAUACGAUUCCUCCUUAUUGCUCUCUAUGGCACUCUGCCCUAUCUAAGAUGCUCUGAUUUUGAAUCGAACAGGAGCAAUUUCAUCAACGACUUGGUGCAACGUGAUCUGGUAGAAAAUGCUCGAAAGCUUGAAAGGAAUAACCUUCAAAAACGCAGUGAAGACGACAAAAAUGUCUCGUAUGCAACCUUUGAUCCAAACGUGAAAAUGGAGCUGAAUUCCGAGGGGAGAAUAAUUAUCAAAGUUGGUCAUCUUGGAGCAAAGGGAGUAAUGCCAAACGACGACAAAAUUGUGGAAAUUGCCCGCGAGCAGCUGGUUGAUGAAGGAAUACUCGGAGACGAUAUAGCUUUUGAAUUUAUCUCAAGAGCCACAUGUUCGGAAGCCUAUGAAGGAGUUGCCGUGGCCGCAGAAAUGUUUCAUGUUCAAAAGGCUCGAGCGUUCAUUGGACCAUAUUGCGCAACAGAGUUGGAGAGUGUUGCAAAAAUGGCGAAUUUCUGGAAUAUUCCUUUGAUUUCCUAUGGAGCAUCGACAACAGCUUUAUCGGACAGGAACAUCUAUAAAACGUUAGCGAGAGUCUCGAGCAAAAACACGAACGCUAUAGCUGAGGCGACGGUUGCACUUUUGAUGCACUACAAUUGGACUCGGGUUGCAAUAGCGACAAACAGCGGAGUUUCAGCCUUUGAAAGAGUUCAAGCCUUUGAGGAAGUGAUGCAUCGAGUCGGGAUUACUGUAGUGAAAAAGGCAAUGUUCGAAGAGAGCGGUGAUGCAAAUGAAAUGAUUCGAUCGGGUCUUUUGAAUGAACUUGCAAACACAGCGAGAGUGGUUAUCUGUCUUUUCUCAUCAACGCGGGAACUUUCCAAGGAAUUCAUGCAAGCCACCUACACGUUAGGAAUGAAUAAUGCUGAAUGGGCCUACAUCCUGCCAUGGAUCCAAUCUGGACCAAAAGAUACUUCUCCCUGGAUUGGAGCUGAUGGCGAAAUGCUACAACGUAUUAAGGAUCAUUAUGCCAAUGCUAUAAUUGUGGACGACGUGAACGGAUUCGAUGACAAAAUCGUUGAGAAUUUCAUUCAACGCAUGAAAAAACAUAAUCUGAAGCGGGAAGAUCUCGAUGUGUCUAAUAUCUAUGGAUAUAUUCAUCUCUAUGAUUCGGUGAAACUCUAUGCAUUAGCGGUGAGAAUGGCUUUAAACGAGACUGGUAACCCAGCAUAUGUGACAAAUGGACAAUACAUUUGGAGCAAGAUGCGAAAGUUGAGCUUUGAAGGAGUCGUUUCAUUGGGCGAAAAUUCAGCAAAAGAAUCCUCAAUUGGAACCGUUCUCAUGGAUGACCUUGCUGAUCGAGCUCCCAUAUUUGCUGCUUUCUAUAUAUCACCAAACCGGGAGAAAGUCAUGAAGAUAGUUAAUAUGGAAAGCAAGCUCAUCGCAAAUUGUGAUGGUCUCAAAAAUCGAAGCGGCUGCUUGAUUUUGAAACUCACUGACGUAAUCAAUGGUUUCUGGCCAUCGGAGAACGGACAAAUGCCCCUUGAUGAGCCUUUAUGUGGAUACCGAGGCCAGCGCUGCUCUUACUACCUGGAAAUUUCCAUUGGGGUCAUUCUGGUGGUUGUGUUGGCAGUUUCGUGCGCGUUCUUUUGUCUCUAUAAAUAUUGGGAGCAACACCAACUAAACAAAAUGCCAUGGCGUGUUUUCUACGAUGAUCUGAAUUUUGUAGAAGAAGAGCAAGUGAAAAGCAUGAUGUCAAUCACUUCUCAAAACACAAAGAUCUCCAAUAUGUCUGCCGGUCACAAGAAACAUGUGCUUAUUGGGGUCAAUACAAUGGCGACCUAUCAUCGAUAUGCCCAAAGACGCCCAAUCAAAUUUGCUCGAGAAGAUCUACAGCUGCUUACACAAAUGAAGCAAUGUGUACAUGACAACAUUAACCCGUUUCUUGGGGUCUCCUUCAAUGAAAAAGAGGAAAUGCUAGUUCUGUGGAAGUUUUGUUCUCGUGGAACAAUUCAAGACAUUGUUUAUAACAAAACUAUUGUUCUCGAUGAAAAAUUCCACGCUGCAUUCGUCAGAGAUAUCACCUUGGGAUUGGAAUAUCUACAUGCUAGUGCAAUCGGAUAUCAUGGAUCUUUGACCCCUUGGUGCUGUUUGAUUGACAGGAAUUGGAUGGUGAAACUGUCCGACUUUGGAAUCUCAAAUCCACUAGACAGAUGGGAAAAACAAGGAAGUAUCAGUAUUCAAGCUAUUGCUGAUGAGAAUGACAAGAGUCAAGCUGCCCAAACUACCAGUAUUUUGUACCAAGCUCCUGAAAAGCUGAAAAACAAAGAAGUGAAUCAACGACGAAACGCUGAUCAGAACUGGGUUCGACAGAAUUUGGGUCGCCGACAGGCCGGAGACAUCUACGCAUUUGGCAUGGUUAUGUACGAAAUUCUAUUCAGGUCACUUCCAUACCGAAACAACACGGAUGUAAAUGCCCUUUGUCAAGCACUUCAAGAAGGUGGUCGCGUGCCCACGCCCCAAAUCCAGGACGAGCUCGGGUGUCAUCCUGAUUUGAAUGCCCUUUUGAAGGAUUGUUGGUCUGAAAAUCCGGAGAUUCGUCCAAGUAUUCGCCGAGUCCGACUUAACACCGAAGUGGUUCUUAAAACUAAAGGCUCAUUGGUCGAUCAAAUGAUGAGACUUAUGGAACAAUACGCAAAUAACCUGGAGAAAAUUGUAAAAGAACGUACUGGUAUGUUAGAAGAAGCCAAUAUUCGAGCGGAUAAACUACUUACACAACUCCUUCCCAAAUACGUGUCUAAUGAACUGAAAAUGGGACGCUCUGUGCCGCCAAAAUUAUUCAGCUCUGCCACCGUUCUUUUCUCGGACAUUGUAGGUUUUACCACAAUUUGUUCAUCAUCGACCCCAUUGGAAGUUGUGAACAUGCUGAAUGGUCUUUACACGGGAUUCGACGAAUGUAUCACGAAAAACGAUGGAUACAAGGUGGAGACAAUCGGAGACGCCUACAUGGUUGUUUCUGGAAUUCCAGAAGAGAAUGGCACAAGCCAUAUCAUGCAUAUUGCAAAUAUAGCUCUUGACAUGAGACAAUACCUGACUACUUUUGAGGUUCCCCAUCGUCGUAAUCAACGUAUAAAGUGUCGCUGGGGAUUCCACACAGGCCCUGUAGCUGCUGGAGUAGUCGGACAGACCGCACCCAGAUACUGUCUCUUUGGGGAUACGGUAAACACCGCUUCACGAAUGGAAUCUACUGGCAUGCCGGGAAUGAUCCAAUGUUCCAAGGAGGCGAACACUUCCUUAACUUCAAACUACGAUUCAUUUCACACUACAGAGCGCGGGGAAGUCGAGAUUAAAGGAAAGGGCACAUGCACCACAUACUGGCUUGAGGGACGAAUCGAAACCAUCUCGCAGCCGCUAAAUCUCUCAAACAUUGGGCUC